AUCCGCCGAGAACAACAAUUCGAUCAAACCCGACCCGACUGGACUCGAGCUCUUGCACUGAAAAUCUCCAGUUCCACUUCCGUCACUCUCGCCUCCGCCUCCCUCCAUCGCCGAAACCUUCUUCAACUUCAGACCAGCUGGUUCACAAUUAGAUCUUAAACCCGCCUUAAACCCUUACCGCCUCAAUCCUCGGAAAACCCAUCCAUUUCUCACUUCUUCUUCCUUGCUGCGAAACGGUAGAGCAAGAAUGGUUUUAUGCAGAAGCGCCAAGCGUCCGCUUCAGAUGAUGAUGAAGGGAAGCUGCUCUUCUGCUGUGGAGUCGAGCUUCGAAACGUUUCUCCGGCGCUUCAGCUCUCAGGGUCCAGCGUCGGGAGAGCAGAUGAGUCUUAUCAAGCAACUGAGAGAGCGGACCAGUGCUCCGAUCAAGGACGUUAAGGCCUCCCUUGUUGAGUGUAAUUGGGACAUUGAGGCGGCGCAGAAGGAUUUGAGGAAAAGAGGGAUAGUUCUGGCAUCGAAGAAGUCUGGUCGAACUGCGACUGAAGGGUUGCUCGCGUUGGCUCAGAGUGAAGGGAAGGCUGCCAUUAUCGAGCUUAAUUGCGAGACUGACUUUGUUUCCAGAAAUGAGAUAUUUCAGUACUUGGCUGUAUCUCUAGCAAAGCAAGCUCUGUUGGUGAAGAAUGGUUCUCAGCAACCUUCAGGGGUACUGUCCGUUGGUCCUGAAUCGUUGGAGGAACUGAAGUUGAAUCUUGAGCAUCCUAAGAUAAGUGGAGAAACUACAGUUCAUAACGCAAUUACUGAGGUAGCUGCAAUGAUGGGAGAGAACGUCAAACUUAGAAGAGGGUUUGUGAUGUCUAGUCCUGGUGUUCUUUCCACCUACCUCCAUACAAGUCCUCAACCAGGUUUGGGUCGUAUUGCUGGGCUUUUGUCUCUUGAACCUGAGGUUGGAAGCUCUCACUUGGAUGCUCUCCAGCGUGUUGGAUCAGAGCUGGCAAUGCAUGUAGUUGCUGCAAAGCCCCUUUUCUUAACCAAGGAGCUCGUUUCUUCCGAAGCAUUAGAGAGUGAGCGUGAGAUUCUAAAGUCUCAGGCAGAAAGUACAGGGAAAUCACAGAUGGCCAUAGAAAAAAUGGUUGAAGGGCGCUUGCGUAAAUAUUAUGAGGAAGUUGUCCUUAUGGAGCAGAAGUUUAUUGUCAAUGAUUCUCUUAACGUCAAGACACUGUUGAGCAAUUUGUCCAAGGAAGUGGGUUCACCAGUGAAGAUAGGGAACUUUUUCAGGAUGGAAGUUGGAGAAGGAAUUCAAAGGUAGCGGAUAGUUCUUGUUUCCAUAAUUCUGUUGUUGAGAAAUGUAAGGGUUCCUUAAGUUGCACCUUUGUCAUUCAACAAUGGUUGUCUUUCUCUGUACUUGUACUCAUCAUCCGAAUUUCAAUUAAUGUUGGAUCAACUUAGUAGCUCGAGACUCUAGAGAUGAUUUAGAAAGCCACUUGUUAUUACUCUCUAUGAGACUAUGCCUAGGCAGAAUGUUUUCUCUGAGAUCAUGAUGUACAUUGGUAGUUCUGCUGAAUCAUAAGUAGUCUUCAACUUUCCCUAUCUGAUGGCAACUAUGAGCUGAACUAUAAACUGUUUACGCUCCAUUUACAGGCUUGAUGCAUCUGCAGAUGAACCAGUGGCUCAAGCUGCGUGAUUAGAGUGCGCCAUCACUAUUAUUUGUGAGGAGAGGAGCUUUACAUUUGGAGACCUAUCUUCCUUUUUCAGUUAAUGAGUUACUGUCUCCUUUCCUUACAGUUAGACCAACUUGAUAGAAUGGAAGCAAAUCUGUACCAUUUCUGAUACAUUUGAUUCCCAUAGAUGAGUUUUGUUGACUCUGAGGAUCAUUCAAUAAAUAGUUUUCU